UCCUUUCAUAGAGAGUAACUCCAUGUGAAAUGUGCUGUGAUAGAACGACCUUCAUGUAGACACCGAAAUCAGGGUGAAAGAAGCGAAAGUAAAAUCAUUUCAGACAAAAUUUAUCAUCAUCUGGCAUUCUGCGCAAAGACACAUUCUGAAACCAUGAAUCAUGAAGUUGCUUGGUCAGAUAAUCCAACAGGUCAGGGGUCAUUAUAGCAUGACCUUGACCUGUGGAAGAACAAAGUUACAACUGGGACACAGGGUAACCCCAAUCUCUUCUUCACGAACAUUCGCCUCUGAGACAAACCAGGAUGUCCUCACGGAGAUGCCCCUGAAGGACCCUGUGAAAGGGGAGCUCAUCUAUGGCGGACCUCUGUGGAAAAUGGUUAAAGGCAUCAAAGCCUUCUCAGUGUCCACCAGUGCUAUUGGACUGGGGCUACAGCCAUACAUAUUGAUGAAUGCAGGGGAGGCUGCCAUGUUUAGUAAAGUAAUGAUAGGAGGCACAAUAAGUUUCUUCAUCUUCGUCACCCCACUUCUAAUUCAUUUCGUGACAAAGAAGUAUGUAACCUACUGCUACUUGAACAGAGACACUAGUAGCUUCACCACAGCCACCUACAGCUUCUUCCUAAGGAGGAAGGAGAUUCAGUUCACAGCUGAAGAUGUUGUAGUGCCGGAUAUCCCAGGCAUGUUUACCACAGUACUGGUCAAAGGGAAGCCACUCUUCCUGGAUGCGCGAAUGUUCUACAACAAAGAGGCCUACAUUCACUUUAUGGGCUAUGACAAGCCCAUUGAUUGGACAAUGCCAGACUACAGCAAGAAGUCCAAGAAGGAUACAUGAUUGUGAGGGUUCAAGUGUGUGUAUGUGAAUGUAGAUAAAAGUAAAACUUUCAA